AUUUUCAGUUCACAGAGCCCCACUAAGCCAUUUUGGAACAAUGAAGUGCUUAUUAGCGUUGCUGCCCUUUAUCUGUCUGGCUUCAGCCUCAGAAAAUCUGGUUGACUGUGCGAACGCAGCCAAUUUAACAACAUUUACCAGUUUUGUCAACUCAGCUGGAUUAACCGAUGUACUUCGGGAACAAGGUCCAUUUACUCUAAUCGUUCCAACCAAUGAAGCAUUCGCUAAGCUUCCACCCGCAACAGUUGCAUCCUUACAGAAGGAUUCCAGUGCCCUCGCAAACGUUCUCCAGUACCAUGUGGUGAAAGGAAGUAUCUACAGUUGGGACAUGGUUUCCGGUGAAAUUCUUAGCAGUUUAAAUGGCCACUACAUCCGGGUCUAUUCUCAAGGAAGUUCUCUGUAUUUCAACCAAGCUAAAGUAACAAAAGUAGAUCUUCAAUGCUCAAACGGAGUUAUCUACCUUGUUGAUGAAGUUCUAAAUGUGCCAGAAGGAACUAUUGUUGACGUCAUAAAGAACCCGGAUUAUAACAUCAGUGGAUUUAUGGAAUUUCUAGAGGCAGCCAAAUUGACUGAUGUCUUCAAUCGAACUAGUUCACAGAGAUAUACAAUGUUUGUUCCAUCUAAUGCUGCUAUCGCUAGUCUGGAUGCUGAUUAUAUCACAAAAUUGAAAAGCAGCUACAUUUAUGCUAGACAUAUUGUUGAUUAUCAUGUUCACCCAGGAACAAUUCACGAGAAGAGCUUAGACCAUGCAGGAACACUGUCUACAAUGUACAGGGGACAUAGCAUUAGUGUUACCGUUGAUAGUAAUAAUAACCCUGUCUUAAACCAUGCAGCUACUCUCCAGGUAACCGAUAUCGAGGCUGAAAAUGGCGUGGUUCACAUCAUUUCACACGUUUUGAUUCCAAGCUCUCUAAAUCCAGGCGUUGUUGGUUAAAAAUCAUAAUCAAUAAAAUAUUUGUAUUUGUGA